UUUAAUCAUAUAAUCGUUGAAGCCAGAAAUAAGGAAAUUUAUGUGUCCCCUCCAGGCAAUCUAACUCUUCUCAUAUUAAACAUCAAGUGUAGAACGUUAAGUGCAAGAAGAGGAGAAGACAUUGUUUUUAGGAUGAUUUUAGGAUUUGUCAUGCUGUUUUUUCUCAUGGAUGUAACAGCAGAAUUUGGGACCACCCCAAAUAUUAAACAGAUUGCCAUUGGACGGUGCUAUCGUUAUGUAACCCUGGUUAAUCCCAACCCCAAAUAUAAUUGUGAGGCUGUAUGGCAGGAGUUUGAAAAUGCUGUGUUUAGAAGAUCACCCUGCAAUGUUCAAGUUAAAGAUUACAAAAAAAUGUUCCAGACCAUCACUCAGAUUUUACCAUGUGACAAGCUGCUCUUCUGGAGUAAGACAAGAGGCUUCUUGCACAUGUAUGCAGCAAUCACAGAGCCCUUCUGGACAUUAGAAGACACACUGGUGGGAUUUGUGUUCAAUGAUCUGAUCUGGUGUCGACAACGGGCAAAAGAUAGAGGUUUUGACUAUCAGUCAUGUCCAAAAUGGUCAGCCUGUUUGAACCAUCCUGUAUACUCGCUAUGGAAGCAAGCUUCUCAAAAUUUUGCAGUGGCAGCAUGUGGAAAUAUUACCGUCUUGCUAAAUGGAUCAAUUCAUCAUGCUUUCAACAAAAAAAGCAUGUUCGGCAGUGUAGAACUGGACAAUCUAAAUCCAAGGAUGGUAACCCAUGUUCACAUUAAAGUCGUGUACAACCUGGAGGGACCCUUUAUGGAAUCAUGCACUCAGGGAUCAAUUGUUGGACUUAUAGAAGUUUUAAAACAACGAGAGUUCCACUGGACCUGCACAGACAAUGACUUUAAUGUUUGAAUUACUUUUACAAAGUGUUUGAAUUGGUAAGCCAAGCAACUGUAACAGCAUUAACUUAAAAAUAACCACAUAAAGUUUUUAAUUGUAAUCAUGGAGAGAGAACUAGCAAAUGGGCAGAGGCUUGGGCCCAAUCCCAGUUGUAUUUUUGUACCCCACAUUUUUGUAAAACCAAGUGUGAAGGGGAAGGGCCUUAAAAUUUACCCCUAAGAAUUGGGACAGCACUACAGCAUCUGCACACGUCAUCAUAUUUCACCACGAUCUCCUGCUUCAUAUGAGAUGACAUAAUCGCGACUGCUGUAGUUAUCCAGUUGCUUUAUUUUUUGGUAAUUAUUUUUAAGAAAUCACUGAAGGCAUAUAUCAUGUUAUCAUAAUGAUCUAAUGUGGCAAUAAGAUCAUAACUGUACUGCGUAUUUACAUAGUGGCCAUAUUCAUCUAUGUAAACACACAAAAAACAACACUAACAUUAAAGCAGACACUGUAAAAAGCUCAUUCCCAGCCACUAAACUUUUCUGACAGGGUAUUCAAGUGUCAUCGAGUGACAGUAUCUAGUGUCACUGCUAUACAGGAGUUAUAUGGAUUAAGGAAAAAAGAGGAAGUGGUGGUAUCAGAAAGAAGAGUGAUAUCAAAACAAGAGGAGGUCGUGGUAUCAGAAAGAAGAGUGGUGAUAUUAUAAGGAAGGCCUGAUACACAAGGUAGUAGUGGUGUGGUUUUCAAUGCAAGCGUGACACCACUGAAUGUCUGUAAGAUGAAACAAAAGGAUUCUCUGAACGUCCCAGGCUAUCCCAAUUACUCAAUGACCUCAGAAAUUUUCUGUGUUCCAGCAAGGAUUUUCAUGGUGAUUGGAUGCACAGUGCUUUUCCCAAGGCGUCUGAAAUCAUCGCUUCAGGACUACCACCUCUAGAAAUCUGCGUAUCUCAGAUUUCCAGGAACUCUACCUUUAAGGAUAAAGACAUACAUGUCCCCGACAUCAGAACCACUGCCUCUAGAAAUCUCCAGUUCUGCGCGUUCCAGAAUCUCCAGAUUUCUUCUUCUCAAAGCUCAAGAGAGCUAAGUCUGCUUGUUCCAUGCCUCAAGACCUGGAAGAAGAUCCAGCUUCUUCUAACCACAGCGUCAACGACAGAAACAUAUAUAUAUAUAUAUGGUCCGUAAUGUACACCAGCUGCACAAUCCUCAAGCCCAAUCAGCCACACCGGUCGCUCAUGAAGAGAGAGAGAUAUAAACAGCACGAGAAGACAAGCGAGUGAGUGCAUUCUGACAAGAAACCUCCAUGCUAACUAUUCUCUGUUCUACCUCGCAGAAUCGAGUGGCUGAUUGGAGCUGACACCCACUGCUACCCCUUCACAGACCCGAGAACAUCACAAUAAUCACCACCACCAAAACACAGCACUUUCUGGGACUGAAGGAGGUUCACCUCUUACAUCCGUGUGUGUGUAUAAUUUCCCUCUUUAU